UUAAAAGCCCCUUGGCAGUCCGCAGUGCCCCAGAGUCGCAUUGCAAAAUCCUCAUUCCGCUGUGUUGACACUCCGUGCUUCCACCGAUAGUUUCAGCAUCUCACCCGACAGGUUCAUAAUGGGUGAAAGUUCUCUUCCUAUUGAGCAAACAAUUGAUAUUGAUGAUUUGGUUGCUAAGUUAGAAGAAAGUGCUCAAUCUCAAAAUGGAUGGCUUACGAUACCUAAGGUUCCGGUGACUUUGAGAAAUAUCCUGGAUUUCCCUAAAUGGAUUGAACCAAGCGUGAUUUCAAUUGGUCCCUACUACCAUGACCAUGAUAAUCUCCAAGAAGGGGAAAAACUCAAGCCUCUAUGGGCCAAAAGGUUCAUUGAUGAUAGCAAUCAAGGAGUUCGUUGCUUGUAUCAGAAAAUUGAAAGAAAGAUACGGGAACUAAGGAAUUGCUAUGAUAGCCAAGCAAUAUUAAAAUAUAAUGACAAGCAACUAGCUACAAUGUUCGUGCUAGAUGGAUGCUUUUUACUACAUUUCAUCCGUUCCUUCUGCAGUAAUAAGGAGGGUGGGCUCAAUGGUUCAAAUUUUACAAAUCAUCAUAUAGCUUAUAUUCAACAAGAUUUGUUCUUGUUGGAGAACCAACUUCCCUUUCAAGUCCUCAAAUUGUUGUUCCAGGAUGCACAAUUUCAAGAUUCCAACUCCAUGGAAGAAUUGAUAAAAGAGUUUGUCACCUCUAAGAUCAUCAUGAGUCGAGGAAAAUUAGGAAGAAAAUUGAAAGACGAGGGAAAGGAGCCCUUUCAUCUCCUAGACCUUUUGCGAGGUGUCCUCUUAGGCAAAUUGAAAAACAUUAGCAAGCCACCAGUCGUGGUGAGUGAACUGCAACAAGUUGUGGUGAGUGAACCACAACAACAGAUGCAAGAAGUUGAUGAGAAAGGGAACUCUCAAGAAACAAAUAAGAAACAGAUUCAGUUGUCUUCUAAUCGAGGAAUCUUGGGCUCCACACGCACAUCCAGCAAAGAAGAGCAUGAGAGAUGCCUCUGGCACUCAUAUAGAAAUGUCCAGGAGCUUAUGGCAGUGGGCAUCCAUUUUAAGCCGAGUGAGACAAGUUUCUUGACAGACAUUUCUUUCACUUCUUACUUUGGCAUCACUGGAUGUCUCAAGCUUCCUCCCGUGACUAUUGACAGGUCAACUAUGAUAAUUUUCUUGAACUUGAUAGCUCAAGAAUCCUCAAGUAACCUCAAUGACUUUGGUGUGAUCUCUUACCUAUGCUUCCUCGAUUCACUCAUGGAUCAUUGGGAUGAUGUUCAGGAGCUUCAAGCAGAUAGAGUACUUCAUAAUUUUGUUGGUGACCAGAAAGAAGUGGCCCAAUUUUUCAACCAUGUAUGUGGCAAAUUAUUACCGGAUGUUAAUUCUUAUAAAGAUGUCACACUACAAAUUGAAAAGCAUGUUGAGAGGCACUAUAAUAGCAAGUUGCGGAUGUUGUUGAUUCAAUGCAAGCAUACCUAUUUUAGUAGCCCUUGGAGUGUCAUUGCUUUGGUUGGUGCGCUUCUAGGACUAUUCCUUACUGCUGUUGAGGCUUACACUUCAGUCUUCCUUCAAUCCAACUACUAAUGCGCCAUUUCCAAGUAUAUCCUAAAACUCCUACCAUAGCAAGUAAGAUACUUGCCCUCAAAAUUUGUAUGGCUUCCUUUCAUUUUCUGUCUAGCUCAAAUUAAUUUGUGUAAUUUUUUUUUU